AGGUCAAUGUGGUUAUCAUGUGUGAAGAUGUUCUUGAAGAAGAUCUAAAGAAGGCAAGCGAACGCGAAAGUACGUGGCGGUUUUGUUUGUAACUGGAUCUUCUUCUUCUUGCUUUUGCUAGCAAGAUUCUCUUUUCGAUCUGAGGCUGAUUGCUGUAGCGCGUGCUGAGAUGUGAGGUGCCUAGCAGCAUGCGGGCCGCAUUUGUUGUAAGUGUACUUACUUACAACAACUAUAGCGCUGCCCUUCCUUUAGCUCUCCUUAGCCCUUUUGUCACUUUAUGUGAACCAUCUCACAAAGAUAUCGCACCGUGAAUUAGUUGUCCUAAUUGAACCCACAUUGUUUACCGACUCCGUUUCCAACCGGAGUAAUAAGUACUCGCGGUGCAGCAGCCUAAGCAGAAAUAGGAAGUCGAAGUCCAUUUGCAGACGUGAAAAAGAUGUCUGACAGCUGUACGACCUCUUCUACCUUCUCGACGAGCGGACACCACACAGUUGGAACUUCGGCUGUCUCUGGCGGUGGGUCAGCCGUUACAGCGAUAGUACCAAACACGAAUACGAUGAAUGGUACCUCCAACUACCAGCAACACAACAUGUUCAGCACAAGUGUAGCACCAGCUGCAACGUCUUCGCCGCAACAGCUCUACAGCACGGUCCCGAGUGGAGCCGCGUCGCUGUUAAGCACCAGCGCGUUGAAUACAUCCGUGGGAGCGGGUGCUUCUGGUACUAGUCUUCAAUCCUCGAUGCAAGGUGGAUGUGCUUACAAUCCGCAUGCUGGCGUCCUCGUGCAGCAACACCAGCAGGGAUCAAACGGCCAACAUCAUCUCCAGCACCAGCACCCGCAGCAGUUUCUGAAUGUGCAUCACCAGCAUGUGGCGGGCCUGCCCGACCCGGCCUCCGUCCAGAAGCAGAAGGAAACCUACAUGAAGCUCUUGGACUCGCAGUUAGCCCAGGGUGUCCAGGCUCUCGACGUUCAGCUCAAGCAGCAACGGGACGCGAUCAACUCGCAAGCGGAUCAGCAAAAAAAGGCCUUCAAUAUGCAAGUGGACAUGGAGGUGCUAAAUGUUCUAUAAUUGGGCAAGGUUACUAGUGAUAAAGAACAAGCAGAAGAUUAUGUAGUUACGCUACUAUUAUCAAUUACUCACUUGCUUAUGCUUCUUCUUGCCAUGAGCAGGAGCUACACGCUUUGUUAGUCGGCGAAUGAAGAUCAUGCCCUACUGCGCGACGUCUCCAAAUCCAGGUUGACAGAUCUAGAUUGUUCGAACAAAUUUACGACACAAGGUAAAGGCUCAGGAAAUGCACUUGCAGCAGCAGUACCAGGAGCAGCAAUUGCAGCUGCAGCAGCAGGCGCAGCAGCAAAAGUCACAGCUAGAGCAGCAGGCAAUGCAGUUGACCAUGGAUUUCCAACAAAAGAAGGCAGAAGAGGAAAUGCAACGACAGCAGUAUGAAAUGGAGCGGCAGCAGCAGGAGCUGCAGAUGAAGCUGCAAAAUGAGUACACCAGUCAUUUCAUUGCUGUCUGUCUUGUCCGUUCCGCGGUACUAGCAUUCCUUCAGACCUUUUCACAAGGCUUUAGGUCGAUACAAUGUGAAGAUGGGAAUCUGGGCAGUUGGGUAGCUGAUUUUGUAAUAGCGUGGCGGGCGACAUCAAAAUGACUGGAACUAAAGUCGUGUUGCCUAGGAGGCCUUCAUGAUUCAAGUUGAGUGUCUCUCUUUGAAAAUGAUUUUUUCAGAUUCCACAGCAUGCAAGCGCAGUUGACGUCUUCUCUCCCCGCGGCCUUUCAGUUCCACCAGGGUGUUGCGGAAUCAGCUUUCAAACCAAAUGGCCAACGUAUCUAAUUACGUUAGAUGCUGAAUUCCAUAAUUGGUGUAUUUUUCUGUUUUUAAUUCGAAAGAAAGAGCACGGAGCAUGUUCAUAUUGCCGCUAAACUUGGAUCAGGGAUUAUUUUCACGUUGUGACACACGAUGAAGAUCAUGAACACUACUACAACAGCUUUUUUUCCCCAGCACCAGGCCGGUCUACACGCUUUGAUGUCGGAUGUGCACGGAAAAGAUUUGAACAUGACCGCUUCUACUGCUCAUUCAGUCCGUACCGACACCGAAAUUUACGUCUAUGGACCGAACGGCGAACUCAUCCCGAAAUCCAAGCUGUCCGCGCCCUCUGGAGGGCAGUAA